AUGUUUAGGCCUUAUCAUAAAAGCCUUCCAAAAGUAAGAUUUGAAGACAGAAUUGAAUAACUACACUCCUAUAAAAUUCCAUUAUGUAAAGCCUUGCAUAUCAGAGAGAUAAUAGAUAACUAAUUCAUUUUGGUCGCUUUUGAUAUCUAAGUGAGCAAUACUGAAAAGAAAAUAAAAAAAGAAACAAAGCUGCUUAAAAUCCACGAGAAUGAGAAGAUUGAGGAAUUUUAUGAUUUUACAGCAAAUGGAUAUUCUGUUUCUAAGGCAAUCAUGAUUGGGUAGAGAUACCUAGUCUUUAUCAAUAAUGAGACUUAACUUAUCGUUCUAGAUAAUAAAGACUUUAAUAGUUCUGUUGGAAAAUAUGAUCUUAUAGGCUGUAGUAACAUAAAACUUAUUCCUUUAAAGAAAUCUUACUUCAUGGCUAUUUCUUUAAAAUACCAACUAUUCAAGUUUGAGUACCCAACUAUAAGGAAGCCACACAGAGAUUUCAGAUUAAGAUUAGUGAAAGAGAUGUUGUGCUUCGAUUUCUAAAUAACAACACUAAAAUUUCUUAGGUUCAAACAGCAAGAAUGUACCAUAGCUAAAUAAUCUAUGAUAAUAGAGCAUAAAGAUUAGAAAGAUAAGUAGGUUUGCUUGUUGAGAGCUAAUUUCAAGACUAAAAAGGUACAGAAAAUAAGGUAUAUACUAAAAGGUCUAAAAAUUUACGACAUAAUAAAGAUAAGAGGUUCUAAAUAUAUCUAUAUUGCUAUUGUAAUAGGGGAUGGAGUUAAAACAAUUAUAGUUAAUAUAAAAAAGCAUAGCUACUAUGAAGUUUUCUGGCUUAAUGGGGCAACAAAGCUUAAUCUCAAUGGUGAUUAAUAAGAAUUAACUAAUAAUAAUGAUAUGCACCCUUAGAAUUAGGAUAAGAUUGACAUUGUAUUAGGACAUAAGUAAUAAAAUAAUGAGUCUAAAAGAGAGAUUAAGUUUGUCAGAUAUGAUUUAAGUGAUACUCAGUAUGAUGAGGGUUAAACUGUGCAAAAUGCUCUUGAUUUUAUCUCAGGUCUUGCUUAGUUCAGAGAAGAUUAGAAGAAGCCAAAGUAAGAUAGAAUGACUCAUAAGGAAGAUGAGAUAAUUUAGGAUCUAGUGGAUUAAUUCGAUUAUAAAAUGCAAAUAGACAAUUUCUCAGAUAAUUAAGUUGAUGAAACUGUGAAUUUAGAUUAGUUCAAGCCCAAAUUUGUAUCUAAAAAGAAUAGACAGAAAAAUUUAGUGAAUAAAAAAGAUAAUGACAUUUUGAUGAAUGAGGUGUAAUUAAAACCUAGUAAAAAUGUGAUGUUAGAAUACGAUUAAGAAGUUCUUGAAUAGUCUGACAAAAACUAUAAUUUAGAUAGUGAUAAUGUAAGUAUGAGCAGUUAAGGCAUCAAGUUUGGUAGAAGGACUAAAACAAACAAGAUAAGAAGUAGCCAAGACUGA